AUGUAUCAACCAUUGGAAAAGGAAAAUCUGUUCACCAAAUACAUUCGGAUAGGAGUUGUUGUAGCGGCCUAUUGGAUCAUAUCUAUUCUGACGGUAUUUGUGAACAAAGCACUGUUGAGCGGGUUAAAGCUCGAUGCGCCGCUUUUCGUGACGUGGUUUCAAGUGCUCACUUCCUCGUCAAUAUGUUUCACGAUGAGCAUGCUUAGCAAACGCUAUCCACGCACCGUCACCUUUCCCAAUGGUAAUCCGUUCGAUCGGGAUACGUUCCGCAAAGUGAUCCCUCUCUCGAUUCUGUUCACGGCAAUGAUAGCGACGAACAAUCUGUGCCUCAAGUACGUCGGUGUUGCCUUCUACUACGUCGGGCGUUCGUUGACGACCGUUUUCAAUGUACUGUUGACGUACGUUUUGCUGGGACAGAAAACAAGCACCAAAGCGAGCCUGUGCUGCGUGUUGAUCGUGGCCGGAUUUUGGAUCGGUGUCGAUCAGGAAAGUUUGACCGAGUCAUUCUCGCUGAUCGGUACGAUAUUCGGAGUGCUCGGAUCGCUGAGCCUUUCGCUGUACUCGAUCUACACUAAACGUACGCUGCAGCACGUGAACCAGGAAGUUUGGUUGCUAAGCUACUACAACAAUGUCUACUCAGCGGUACUUUUCAUUCCCCUUAUGAUCAUCAACGGAGAGGUGCAGCAAGUGUUGAACUACGAACACUUGGCUGAACUGUGGUUUUGGGGUGUCAUGACUAUUGGAGGCGUUUGUGGGUUUGCCAUCGGGUUCGUUACAACGCUACAGAUUAAGGUUACCUCGCCGCUCACACAUAAUAUUUCCGGUACGGCUAAAGCGUGCGCUCAAACAAUUAUAGCAACAUCCUGGUAUCAGGAAACCAAGUCAUUCCUCUGGUGGACGUCGAACGUGGUGGUCCUGCUUGGAUCGGCUUUUUAUACACGCGUCAAACAGGUCGAAAUGGACCAGACGCAUCGCGAACAAAUGAAUAGUCAGAAGGUGUGAGUAACAGUUUUUUAGUUUUAUGUCUUAUCUCCUUAAACAAAAGUACACACAGGUAUGACUUUUUGAACAAAAGGUAUCUUAAAAAUAAAACCAUUAACAUAGUGCACUUUCAAGCGAACGGCGGCUCUUUUAGAGU